AUGAACACCCGAAGCAAAGGGCACCGACAAGAAAAAGCCGCCCCAGGCGAGUCUCUAGCUCGUGGCGACAACCAAAAGGAGCAUGAGCAAGCUCAUGUCUCCGAAACCAACGACGCAAUCACGGAGAUCACGGAGCAUCUGCACACAAUCUCGUUCGGAGAGCCACGAGACGCCACAUCAACUGAUUUACCCAAGAUCGCAACUUGCAGUCAACUCAAAGAGGAAUUGCCGGCUGUUUGCAAUGAGGUUUUCCGUGUCCUGGGCUCUUACAACCUCGAGGCCACGUACCAACGAGCUCUAGCUCGGGAGCUCAAAGAUCGAGGAGUGACGGUCUUCUCCGAGGUGGAGAUUCCUGUCGAGUAUAAAGGGCAGAGGGUCGCUACUCGACGUCUGGACCUCUACUUAAAGCUCGACAGACCUGUGAUCCUCGAGCUCAAAGCUGUUGUGACGGGGCUCAAGACGGACCACAUGAAGCAACUCAAGUUCUACAUGACCCACUUCAACGUGAAUGACGGAUACCUCAUCAACUUCCCUCACGUCACGGGGUUUCCAGACGACGACAACAGCGCGCACUAUGUCGAGCGCGUGUUGCAGCCGGAAGGAGGAGUUGGAGUCAGCGACCGAGUCACCAGAUCUUCCACACCUCGCAAGAAUGCGAUCCCCAGCAUCAUCCAUGUCCACAAGACGACGGUGAGCUCGAAGACCGCGCUCGCAAUGGCCAAGCUCGGAUGA